UGUUUAAAAUAGAUUAUUUUUUUAAUCUCAAAAUGCAUUUUGAAUAGUUAUCACAACCCCUCGAAAUUUUUAAAACGAUUUUUUAUGAAAUUUAAAUAGUUUGGAAGGUAAACCAAACGCAGAGAGUUUGACUUAGGGUUUGAUUCGGUCGGAUGAAAAGCAGAGGUAAUUGAGCCGUGCAGACGUUUCUGCCACCUAGCGAGCGAAGAAAAAGAAAUAAACCAAAAAAGAAAUUAAACGAAAAGUCGCAGAAACAAAUGCCUCAACGUGAAUUAAGCUGAAUGGAUUCGGAGUCAGAGAUCUACUGCUGAACCCUAAUAAGCUUUUACCCGUUAUUCCAAUUCUAAUUUCCUUUCUAACGUGUUCUUCAUCAUCUUAGCUCCACAUCCAUCUCCAUUUGUUCUUGAACGAUCCCCUUUUGCGCCACACAAUAUGGCUUACGCAUCGCAAAUUAUCAACCAUUCUAAAAAGUUGAGAAGCACUCCAAAGUUAUUUCGACAAGCUAGCAUGGUUCGCUGGUUUUCAGAGGAUGCACAGUCCUCUAUAGACAAUGAAAUCUGGAAGAUCCAGGGUUCUGGUUACAAGGCUUCGGGAAAAGGGGGAAUCAAGAACCUUGCCAAUUUUAACAAUAGAUCGCAAUUUCUAAUAUGUCAAAGAGGUGUUUCAAUGAUGGCAACAAGUAUUGGGAAUCCUUUUUCUGGUUCACAAAUUAAUCCAGCAAGAGGUUUCUCCUCUGAUUCAGGUCUUCCCCCACAUCAAGAGGUUGGAAUGCCUUCGCUGUCCCCUACAAUGACUGAGGGCAAUAUUGCAAGGUGGUUGAAAAAAGAGGGUGAUAAAAUUUCUCCUGGGGAAGUGCUCUGUGAAGUUGAAACAGAUAAAGCAACAGUAGAAAUGGAAUGCAUGGAGGAAGGUUAUCUUGCCAAGAUAAUUUGUGGGGAUGGAGCAAAGGAAAUUAAAGUUGGUGAGGUAAUUGCCAUUACCGUUGAAGAUGAAGAGGAUAUAGCAAAGUUUAAGGAUUAUAAACCCACUUCGUCAAAUACUGGUGCUGCAUCUGCUCCUGAGUCCCCUGCCCCUAGCCCACCAAAGAAAGAAGUAGUUGAGGAGCCUGUUCGUUCACCUGAGCCAAGUACUGUUAAGCAGAGUCCUCCUUCUCCAGCUGGAGAGCGUAUCUUUGCUAGUCCUCUGGCAAGAAAAUUAGCAGAAGAAAACAAUGUGCCCAUCUCAAGUAUCAAAGGAACAGGUCCUGAUGGGAGCAUUGUGAAGGCUGAUAUAGAAGAUUACUUGGCAUCACGCGGGAAGGAAUCAACAGCUCACAAAGCCAAGGAUGCUGCAGGUGCACCAUUGGAUUACAGUGACUUGCCACAUACUCAAAUAAGAAAGGUUACAGCAUCACGAUUACUAUUCUCAAAGCAAACCAUUCCUCAUUAUUAUUUAACUGUAGAUACAUGCGUUGACAAGCUCAUGGAUUUGAGAAACCAGCUCAAUGCACUACAAGAAGCAUCUGGUGGAAAGAGGAUAUCUGUCAAUGACCUUGUUAUUAAGGCUGCUGCCUUGGCUCUUAGGAAAGUUCCUCAAUGCAACAGUUCAUGGACGGACAAUUAUAUUAGACAGUAUCACAAUGUGAACAUUAAUGUUGCAGUGCAGACUGACAACGGACUCUUCGUUCCGGUCAUCAAGGAUGCAGACAAAAAAGGUUUAUCUACUAUUUCAAACGAGGUCAAGAAACUAGCUCAGAAAGCAAGAGAUAACACCUUAAAACCAGAAGAUUAUGAGGGAGGCACUUUUACUGUGUCUAACUUGGGAGGUCCAUUUGGAAUCAAACAAUUUUGUGCCAUAAUCAACCCUCCACAGUCGGGCAUUCUUGCUGUUGGAUCUGCUGAGAAGAGGGUCAUACCAGGAUCAGGCGCUCAAGAAUUCAAGUUUGCUUCCUUCAUGUCUGUUACACUGAGCUGCGAUCACCGCGUUAUCGAUGGGGCAAUUGGUGCGGAUUGGCUCAAAGCAUUCAAGGGCUACAUCGAGAAUCCUGAAUCAAUGUUGCUGUAGAUUGAUUGAUUUCACCAUUUUCAUAACAGAAAAAAAGGUAUUUUGUCUCAUAAGCAAUCAUGUGGUGGGAAGAUAUGAAAUACGAACUCAGCUCUUCUUUUGGAAUUUCUAUUUUCGGCUUCAGUUGUAUCCUUACAGUCUCCUUCUUGGCAACCAAAGGAGAUGGAGUUUGCAUAUAGACUAAAGGGAAUAAGGUGAUCAUUGUUGAGGAAUUAGACUUCAAAACGAAUGUAGCUUGUAAUUUGUUUUCCUAUUUUUAACCAAGCCACAUACUUUUCCAUUGGUCCAUUUGCCAGAUCAAUAAAAGAUAGACGAAGAGAAAAUUUUGUCUC